UGAUGAACGAACCUGGUCGCCGCUUUGAUUCAACCCCUCGCGAUCUGACCAGUGCAGCGAAAUCCGACAUUUUUCACCGCAGAGCGUCACCUCGACACUUUCAGUAGGCAACUUCACAACUAUUUGCAAUUAGCGGGAUUUCUCGACCGAAUCCGACCGCAGGCGCAGACCAGGGAGUUCGACACGUCUGAUCUCGCGACUUGUCCCUGCCACCCGCAACCUGCAUCCAUUAUACCCCAGCGGAGGGACGGGAAUGGUCCCUUCAAGACCCGAAUCCGACACUGCGCUUAGGAUACAACCUGCAAGAUAGGCUAGAGAUCGAGAAAAACAAUAUAACGGGCGCCGCCACCACGCGAUGCCUCUGCCGCUCAACCGGUUCGCCAGCGGGCCCAGCACGCUUUCCUAUCACCAGCAGUUCCCUACGCAUGCUCAGCACGCAGCGAGUCACCCACCUCCCCUCGGCGGGACCGCGGCCUACCUAAACGCCCAGGUAGGCCAGGUCAACCCCUUCUCGGCGAACGGCAACCUCCUAGGCCUAGCCAGUGGCCUCAAUGCCGGCGCAGGAUUCAGUGUCGGUGGCGACGGGGGGCUAGCAAGUCAUGCCGCGCGCAUGGGCUUUGCGCACGCGGGAAGUCUGCAGCAGCAGCAGCAACAACAACAGCAGUCCCAGCAGCAGCAAGCGCUUCAACAACCACAGUCGCAACAUGCCCAGCAUGCCCCGCCCGUCCAGCAUCCGCAACACGUGCAGCAGCAAAGUCACGGCUUGAUCGAGCAUGCGACACGGAUAGCGCAGAAGGGACGGAUAAGGGAGGUGUGGAAACACAAUCUGCACGAGGAGAUGGCAAACCUGCGGGACCUGGUCGACAGGUAUCCGUAUAUCGCUAUGGAUACCGAGUUCCCAGGAGUUGUGGCGAGACCUAUGGGUGGCUUCCGCGGAAAGAGCGAUUACCAUUAUCAAUGUCUUCGGACGAAUGUGGAUCUGUUGAAGGUCAUACAGAUCGGCCUCGCACUCUUUAACGAAGAUGGCGAGCAGCCGCCAGCUCGACCAAGCUCUACCGAUUCGGUAGAUCUGCGGAGGACGAGCAACCAGGCCCCGUUGCCGUGCGCUUGGCAGUUCAACUUCAAGUUCUCGAUCAAGGAUGACAUGUACAACGAGACCUCAAUCGAGUCGCUGCGACAAGCCGGCAUCGACUUCGCGCUGCUCGAGCGGGACGGCAUCGACCCGCACGAAUUCGCCUCUCUGCUCAUCCCCUCAGGCCUGGUCUGUUUCGAGAAUGUCCGUUGGCUAAGCUUUCACGGCGGCUACGACUUCGGCUACUUGACCAAGUUGCUGAUAUGCCAGCCCCUGCCCUGCGAUGAGGUCGAGUUCGACCAGAUCAUGAAGCUCUACUUCCCGUCCACGUACGAUGUUAAGCACCUCAUGAAGCACGCCAUCAAGCUGCUCAACAGCGGCAUGCUCACCACAAGCGACCCCAGUGCGACGGAGAUCCUCCAGAAGUUCGAGCAGAAAUCGGGUUUAGAGCACAUCGCCGAGACGCUUAAGCUGAAGCGAGUCGGGAGCGCACACCAGGCCGGCUCCGAUAGCCUGCUGACAGGCCGCGUGUUCUUCGAACUGCGGAAACGGAUUUUUAACGGAGAGAUAUCUGACGAGCAUCUCGGCAAGGUCUGGGGUCUCGGUUUCCCCGAUUAUUCCAUCGGUGGUGCCGGCAUCACAGUGGGUCCGCUCAACGGCAACGGCAACGGCAACGGUGGUGCCCAGCAGCAGGUUGAAAAUACCCCGCCGAAUCACCACCAUCCCCCCAACGGAAAUGCCCUCCAGAACGGCACUCCGAGCACGCCUAAUACUGGUAGCGUCAAUCUGGCGGGCACACCAGCCCCAUCCUCCCAUAAUACCAAUGGAACGACUUCCGGUGGCGGCGGCGGAGGCCCUAUGACGCCAGGAGGCGGCGGUGGCGUGUUUGGUGCGUUUUUCGCCGGGAACGCGCGGUAGAUAGGAUCAGGGGGGCUUGAAGACCUGGCAAUAUAUGGUUGUGGUAUAGGCUGUGCUGGACGGAUAGGUAGGCGGCUCAGGACAAACGGUGCUGGUUCUUUCCUCUGGUAGUUGUCCCUUAUGCUCUCUCCUUUUCGCUUAUCUUUUGGAGGUCCGCAAGGGGGGCUACGAUACCCCAGAAUACAUUACGCGUCCUUCGCUACCGGAGACGAUGCUACAUGCUACAUGUUUCGAGUGGCUGUCCAGAUAAUGUGUGAAUCGAAGAAACAAGGGGUUCACUACACUCGGAGAGGACGGAAGCGAAAGGGUGCUUCUACUGGGGAACCAAUUCCUAAUUCCCUAGGGGUGGCCAUUUAUUUCUCUUGAUGACCUACUCGCAACCAAUGCCGCCGCCCUAGACUACGUCCACACACACUUGGAUGGCAAGGACAAGAUUCUCAGC